AUGCGCGGUGUUAAGAGAUUCGGUGUUCAGGAAAAGCUAAGUCCCCGAUUUGUCGGACCAUUUGAGAUCUUGGAGCGGGUCGGUGCGGUGGCUUACAAAGUGGCAUUACCACCGAGGCUUGCGGGAGUGCACGACGUGUUCCACGUAUCCAAUCUCCGCAAGUAUGUUCAUGAUCCGGAGCACAUUCUCGAGUAUGUGCCGACCAAGCUUCAAGAGGAUAUGACCUAUGAAAAGUUUCCGGCUUUCAUCGUUGAUCGAGAGGUGAAGAAACUACAGAAUCGAGAAAUUCCGUAUGUUAAAGUUCAUUGGUGUGAACACGACGAUCAGGAAAACACAUAG